CUAAUUUGCACCGAACUGCGCCGCAGUGGCAUUCGACUGCGAUCAAGCGCAUUAUCAGUCGCAGAAUUAGUUCCAGCUAUCUUAUAUCGCCUGGCUCGAUCAGUCUGAGGUGUAGGCAGCAAGAGCAAUGCCGUCGCCCCAGGAAAGUUCGGAUUUGACAGAUUCGGAGCUACAGAGGGUUAGGUUACGGGAAAUUGAACUCAAAAGGCUAGCUGGGGAGGUAUCGUGUGCAGAGUGCCGCAGACUCAAACUUAAGUGUGAUAAGAAGGUACCAUGUUCCUCCUGUAUCCGACGUGAAUGCACAGAGCUAUGUCCGACGAGAACCAGCAGGGAUGGUAUAAGUAGUGGUCGCCAGAUAGCCGCUGGAAUAGUAUCUUCGUCAGCUGCUCAUGAAUAUGAUGUGCAACGGAAACUCAUGUUGAUGAGCGAGAGGAUCAGAUCUCUCGAGGAUGCGUUACAAACACAGAAUGGCGCGUCCCACCCGCUUCUGUCCGCCGAGCUUCUCGCUAUCAAGCAAGGCGUCGACAUGGAUCGCUUACGUCCGGAGAGAGUAACAGAUGGUGAUGUAGAACAAGAGCUCGUGGAUGCAAUUGGAACACUAUCCGUCAGCGAGGGCAGAACAAUGAGAUACUUGGGUGCCUCGGCAACGGUAGAUGCGCUAUUGAUGCAUAUGUUGGACUCCUCUUCCGGCGCACAUUCUGCACACCAACCCUUCAGUUUAUCAAACUUGCCACCGGACCUUGUCCAAGCAAGCAGUAUGUGGCCGUUUGUCCCCGCUUAUCUGUCGCGACCUGAACAUGUGCGCCAAUUGGUCUCACAUCUACCGUUGUUUGAACGCGCGAAGUCCUUGAUGGAGGUGUACUUUGCCAAUCUAACAUGGUUUAACACGGAGGUGCCAGUUGACCGUGGACAGAUUGUUGAGGAAAUAUUUCCUACUUUCUAUCCUCAACAGUGCCAUGUCUCAGUAGAUCGAGUCAACGAUGAGAAUCUACAUGACCUUGCACUCUUGUUCGUCAUAUUGGCAUGUGGCGCUGCCACGGACCUCACACAACCUGCUGUCAACCCAGAAGCGGAGAAAUUUUACCAUCUCUCGCGCGCUGCUUUAGGAAUGCGCUCUAUCCUAGAGCAUGGGACAUUCGUCGCAUGUCAAGCAUUGAUUAUUAUGGCCAUAUACGAGUCAAAGUCUGGGCGCAAAACUUCCCAAGAGAGUUCCUAUAAGUUAAUGUCUAUUGGCAUGCUUCUCACUUCUAGUAUCGGGCUUCAUCGCGAUCCGUCUCGUUGGAAAUUAGACAGCAAGACCGCCAACCGGCGUCGUCGAACGUUCUGGGAAAUAAAUGCAAUAGAUAAAUUAUGGAGUCUAUCCUCAGGAAGACCUGCAUUUUUCACCAAUGAUGCAAUUGAUUGUGAAUUUCCACUUGAUCAUGGUGCUGCGAUCGACGACAAUGGAGCAGUCAUUGAAAGCGUUUGGCAAUGGCGAUACCGCUUUACGCGAGAUGUCUUGGGUGUUCUUUCACAAAAACUCUGUUCCUCCCGUCCACCUAAAUAUACAGAUAUUAUGGAAAUGGAUAAGCUAGUUCGAGACUUUGAGAUCCACCCUUAUUUCCCAUCCCCACCGCAAUCACGUCGGACUUUCGCCACGGAUGGCGAAUAUCGGAACCUUACCCCAUAUGUUACUUGGGGAUGGAAAGAGGUGGCUACGUUAUACGUUCAUCGAAAUAGUUUUGCACGGGCGAUGAUUGAGUACCCCAGUAGCCCUAUGCGAAGCCCUUACGCCACGUCAUUCUUAGCAACGUAUCGAGCUUCGACGUCGUUGCUGCAACUUCUCUACGCUUCUUCUUACAAUAUCCCGCUAAUCUUGGAUCGCAUGUGGACUUUAUGGUCGAUAUCAUAUAGUUGCGCGGUGAUUGUUGGAUCUGUCGCUUCGAGGCCAUCAGCAAUCGACUUCGCCGCCGCGGCGCUGGAUGAACUUAACAGUGCGAUCGGUAUCUUUGAGACAGUAGGCAACCAGCCCAUAGCACGCAAUGGUUUGAAAACUCUGUAUCGGCUUCGCGAUAGAGCGAUUGUCGCAUUUCAAGAGCUCAACCCGCAUUCACGUUGUGCAACGACGGAUACUACUAGUCUUAUGAAUCGAGGAAGCGGACGACAAGCGUCACAUUCUCCACGAUCUUCCGUUGAAACCGGAGAAGGCGAAGAAGAACUGCACAUCUUACGCGGGACUACAAGAUAUGUUGAACAGCGUCGCAUCACACCCAAUGAGACUCUGCAACAUCAGGAGGUUCGCUCACCCUUGAAUCGGUCGCGUUCUCCGACUGUGGGGACCACAGCGGCUGCUGCGGUAUUUCCGGCUUCCAGAGAGCGGGACGCCUCAAGUCUGCCGCAGUUCUCGGUGGAAGAUCCACAUGACGUAUGGUGUAUCGGGGACGAUACCGGAGCUUCAUAUACAGCCGGUCGAUUCAGUCAUGCCGAAGCUCAAGCCUUUGAUUAUGAUUUUAAUUCGGUGGGGUUGUCCCAGUCAUCCUUUACACACGAGCAAUUACCACAGGCGAUGACCAUCGUGGAUGAUCUAUACUACAAUGUGGACGACGCCAACGCAGAAGCAUGGGAUGCAUUCCUUCGACAAUUUGAGCUUACGAACAACGGCAAUACGGAGCGCGAGGAUCGAGAACAGAGGAAUUCCCCGCCUAAUUAG